AAGAAGAAGAAAGAGGAACAACAAGUUUCACAGCGUGCACAGUGAGGAAAUAAUUAUUCCCUUUUAGAAAAUACUAUUUAAAAAAUCUAAAUAAGACCACCAUGUUACUUACAAGCAUGUUCAGUUUGGAGACUUUAGAGAGUCAGUUAUCUGCUGUAAUGGAGACUCUGGUGAAAGGGGCGGUGGCGGAGCUCAGCACACUUCUGGACCAGUACCAGUGCUCGGCUAACGCCAAGGCUAUGGCCGCUAAGCAGCGCUCGGUUCCGGCUACGGUAACGUUAACUCCCAUGAAGACCGAAGAGGAGGAGAGCGAAGUGACUCCACCGGAGGAGAGGCGACAAUUGAAUAAAGCUAUAACGAAGCAGUUUGCAUCCCUCAUGGAAGCGUGGGCCAAAGGUGCAGUAGAGAAAAUACUGAUAAUGCUGAAGGCGUCUAUGUGUGAGGCGGAGGAUGGUCCUGCUGCCUCGAGUGACAAGACGAAACCGACGAGCAUGAAGACAAGAUCAGGGCGAGUGGCCGGGCCCCAAAAGCAAUCAGCGACCAGGAGCUCACGACAGAAGAAAAAGAAAAUGAAGGGAGGACUGGAAGCAGCAAUAAGAAAGGAGAAUGACCAUAUGUAUUACCGAGAGGAGCAACAGACGGCACUAACGGCAGCAGCAGCUGACUCAGAGUCAGCCAUCAAAGCUGUUUCAGCUGAUGCAGCCCCACCUGAGACUAGCUCUGGAUCUCAGCCUGAAGCUACGCUAACAGAGCCCGUCUCAGAGCUGGCCUCUGAUGUAAGCAGGGAAGGUGUCGUCCAGGAGGAUGGCGGCACUUCAUCUACCACAUCCAAGAUCAAAAAGAAGAAGACCACCACAGGGCCAUUCAAAUGUCCUUCUUGUGACAAAUCAUUUGCUCUCAAGUGUUUGAUGGACAGACACUAUCGGACUCACUCCAAACCUCACCUUUGCUCUGAGUGUGGCAAACGUUUUUCUGGACUCCAGGGGCUCAUCGCACAUUCAAGACGUCACACCGGAGAGAAGCUUUACAAAUGCUCAGACUGCGGGACGGAGUUUGCCUACAAGUAUACCCUCGACAGACACAUGCGUCGGCACAGCAUGAAGAAACCGAUCACCCACACGUGCGCUCUGUGCGAGGAUCAGUUCACCGGGCUGUUGGCGCUUCAGCGGCACAGGUGUUGUGCCUUAAAAAAGACGUUUGUGUGCUCACUUUGCCCGGAGACUUUUGAGUGCAGACAGAGUUUGGCCGAUCACGAGAAUCUACAUUCAGGAAACAGAGAUUUCGUCUGCGAAAUGUGCGGCGAGUGUUUCUUCUCGUCCUCGUCCUUGGCCACUCACCGGGUGACUCACAUGCAAAAGGAAAACUGCUGCGACGUGCUCGGCCUCGGAUGCAGCGACCUGAGUGUCCUCAAAAACCACCUGAGCAAACACACGGGAGAAAAACUUUUCAACUGCAAGGUUUGCGGCAAAGGUUGUAGUCACCUGAGCGCUCUGAAGCACCACAUGCUGACCCACACGGGAGAGAGGCCGUACGUCUGCGAGACCUGCGGCAAGCGCUGCGGCCACGCCAGCGCGCUUCAGAACCACAUGAGGAUCCACACCGGGAAGAAACCGGGGCAGCAGCCAGUCUGCAACGUGUGCGGCAAGAAAUUCCGCUGCAUGGUCAAUCUCAAAUACCACAUGAGCAUCCACACGGGGGAGAAGCCUUACGCCUGCAAUCAGUGUGAUAAAAAGUUCAGCAACCCCAGCAAUCUCAAGUUACACGCGAUGACUCACUCGGGGGAGAAGAUGUACGGCUGCAACAUCUGCGGCCGGAGGUUCACUCAGUCCAGCAGCCUAAAGCUGCACAGACAGAUCCACACAGGAGAAAGGCCGUAUCGCUGCUCGGUCUGCGGGAAAGGAUUCACACACAACAGGGACUUCAAGAAACAUCAGAGUGAUCACCAGCCAGACGGAGAUGGACAGUCUGAAAAAACUGCAGUAAAAAUCUAAAACAUUUCACCGUUGUACGCACACUCCCUGUACCUGACGAUAAAUACUGUGAGAUGAUAGAGACUUGUCCAGCGUCAAAGAUCUUUAAGUCCUGUUAUACAGAGUUAAUAACUGCGGCUGCAUUAGGCCAUUGCAGGUUUCAUUGCAAGUAUAACAUAACAGUUUCUUAAUCGAGUUUCCAGAAAAAAGUUCUACAUCGUGACUUAAACUUGCAAACACUACAUGGCCAAAUUCUGUAGACACACCCACAUGUGCUUGUUGAGCACUUAAUUCCAAAACCAGGAAAAUUAACGGCUGUUCUAACUUUCCAUCAGGGUUUGGAACCUGGCUCACAGCUUUAUGGACCCAGAGGUGUUAGAUGGGGUUGAGGUGCGGGGGGGGGGCAUUGUCAUCCUAAAACAGUCUUCCCCAAACUGUUACUGUUACGCCCACUCCUAACUGGAGUCUUGCAUUAUUGUGAAGAAUUGAGAACUUUAUUGUUCCAGAAAAUGACACAGACAAGCAAUGUAGCUUUCCCCGGACUGCCUACAACAUAUGAAUAAAGUACCCAGUGUGUUCAAAUGGACUUCUCAGAA